CGUCCUCACCGGUGAGGUGCAAUAGAUUUUACCUUUCUUUCUCAGCAGUUUUGCAACUUAGCAUUCCGGCUUUCUAUCAAAGCAGACGACUUUCAUGGUAUCACAUGUGUGAAUAUUUCAAACAACUGGUUUGAGUGGUUUCUGUUAUUAGUUGUGAAUUUGUGGUUAGGCUACUGAUCCCUUAGUGAGUUAGUGUAAGCAAAUUCAGAUUUCCUCGAAUCAGAUUUACUCUGUUACAGUUAUGAUUGAGUGGGACUUGAUUGAAAACCUUUAUCGGCGAGGCCUAGAGCACAUAUUGGAUCAAAUUUUUGGAUAUUUGGAUUAUUAUUGUCUUCGACGGGCUGAGUUGGUAUCCGUCGUUUGGCAAGAAGCUUUGUUGGAAGGGAAAAUCUGGAAAACAUUACUUGGUAGAAAUAUGUUUCUCUUUCCAUGCUGGAAGGAUAUGUUUGUUGCCUUGAAAGGAAUGAAGCAUAAAAGUUUGGAUUUUCAAGAUGACUCUCCUGAAUACUAUCGUAAAGUCUGCUGUUUAAUUGAAGUUGAAUUGCAGGUACUUGAAUCAAAUUGGAAGAAAAUGAAAUACUCUGAACGCAAAAGUGAAUUUGGACCCCUUUGCACGUCAACUCAUGAAGAUUCAGACUAUUUUGACUUGAAUGGAGAUUGGAUUGUCCGAGUACAUCAGAACGAUCGCAGAAUUGUUAUUCGUAAUCGAUGGACACUCGGAAUCGAAGAUAUUCUUGAAAUCCCGAUCAUGCAAAUUCAGUUCAACGGAGAUGUACCCAUUGUUAAGUCCGUAAAAAUCAACGACAGUUUCAUUGUGGUUUCAUUUUGUAGACAUCCGGAAAUAUGCGUCUGGAAUACGAAAACUAGGGAUCUAAUAUACGUGAUAGAUGCGGGUUCCUUGGGCAUUCAAGAAGAAGACGGAAACUACGAAGACUUAAAAAUUCAUCCAGAAUGCGGACUGAGUCUAUGGAAAAAUCUUCUGUUAUCAUGUUAUCAUAGAUCAUUAGACUCUAAUUGGAUUGACAUGAUUGUCACUUUGAGAUGCUUGUCACCAUGCAUGGGCGAAGAAGUAGCAUUACUGCAUAAGGCGGUCAUCAAAGCGGGACCAGGAUAUUUUUGUGGACUCUUCGUAGACGAAAUCUACACCGUACUUUUUUUUAUACAAUCCGUCUCUGGGACUAUGGAGUUAAUUAUUGAAAUACGGAAUACGACAUCUUUUGAAAUAAAAACAAAUAUCAAGUUCAAUUUAAAAAACAUCCCUUGUGACUUCCACUACUCAAACGGAUUGGUAGUUACUCACGGGACAAAAUCGAUUAGAAUUUGGGAUGUAGUUACGGGACAACAAAUUUUCAAAAUUCCCCAUCGUGAAAAUAUCGCUUCGAUCCGGCUUGUUUCAAAUAAAUACAUCGUUUGCUGCGAUUGUUCGUGUACAAUUAAGAUUUGGGAUCUCCAAACAGCUCGUCUAAUGAAGGCAAUCCCACCUCCUCCAGUACCGUACGCGGAUGAGCGGUAUGCCCCAUCAUUAGCUGUUGACGAGUUUCAAAUAGUCGUUGUCACUAAAUUUGAUCGUCGAUCAUAUCGUCUAAGUGUGAAAAACUUUUUGGAUGCUACCAAAUAAUCAGUACAGCAGAAUUUGUCCUGUUGUAACUGUUGCUCACUUUGCCAUCAUUCAUCUCGGGCUGAAGCAGUCAAUAGGGCCUACAGAUAUGUCAUUACUUUUGUUAUUAUCGAUACCCCGUUACGUUGCGAACAGCAACUCAUGUAUGCACACCAAUUCCUAACAUUCUCUUGGAAAUAAAUUGAUUUUCGAAAUCA